GCACGUGACACAACCACGGAAUGGCCGCACGUGGUCGUCGUCGUCGUCCUCCUCCUCCCCCUCCCGGCGUUACACGAGACUCAAGUUGCUCCGACCUCGCCGCCGCCGCCGCCGGUCCUCCUGGGCAGCAGGUCCAGGCCUCGCCCGCCAUGGAGAAGUCGCCCCCGGACGGGACGACGACGUCGGCGACGUCGCUCCUCAAGAGGCGCCGCGACGAGCCGGGGCCGAGUGCGCGGAAGAGGAGGACGGCCACCGCUGAGUAUAUACCAGUCAAGCGAGGUGAUGGUGCCCAUUUCACGUGUUGCGGUGACGCUCCAAAAGCAAAACAUAAUUGUGGCCAAAUCAAGCAAAAUGCAAACAGUACUUGCAAGCGUUGGAAUAAGAGACGUUCAAAGUGUUCAGCAGGUAUUGAGUGCCCUGUAAACAAUCUAAAAGAUGAAUUGGCACACCUGCGUGUGGAGGAAUUUGAGGAAUCCAUAAAUUUACCUCUCAUAGCGGUAAGUUCUGAAAUUUACUUAAAAGGCGAAGGGAGAAGAAAUACCACUGGUGUCCAUUGUGAAACUCGGACACAAAAUGCCUGUGAACGUGCCAGUGACACGGGUAUUGAAACUGGAACUUUGACUUGCCACCGAGAGGACCAUAUCAACACCGAGGUCUUUCUUGAGAUCCAGAUAUUUGAUAUAUUGCAAUUACUAGACAUCGAAGAAAAACUUAAGAUUAAAUUUCCCAAGAUUUCGUUAUACAUUAAUAAAGAAAAGUGUUCAGUGAUGAUGUGUGGAACACCAGAUGGUGUGAAUGAAGUUGACAUGGCUCUUAAAAUGGAAGUAUCAAACCUGAAAAACAUUCACUUGAACGUGUCCAACAUGAUGAUGACCUUCUUGGGUGGCUUAGAUAUGGAUGACUUUUGCAAAACCUAUUUCCAUGAAAAACACAUUAAUGCCAAAUGUAUUAUUGAUGGGCAGAGCGUCAUUAUCCUUACAACUCAAGAACAUGCGCAAAUGGCAGAAGAUCAGAUGAAAAAUAUUCUGCGAGAGGUCCCUUUUUUGAUUCCACAAAAUUCAAAACAUGCCACAACAACUCCAAAAUGGAGAAACUUUAUUGAAGAGAUCAAAGGCACACAUAGUACUUUCAAUGGUAUUCUAAGUGAAGUUUUUGAUGGAGUUGGUUUCUGUAGUGAAGUGGUCUUGGUAGGGUUUGAGGCCUAUGUGAAAAGGGUAUUCAAUAUGUUAGAACAUUUUUGCAACAUUAAUGCAUAUACUGAGAGGCAUGUUCCUGUAACCUCUCUCGAAGUAAUUGAAUAUUUAGACAGUAUUACAAAUUUUUCUGAAAACCCAAUUUUCCAAAACAACUUGCAGGUUAACAAGCAAGAAACAGGUUAUUUAAUUUCAGGUCAUCCAGAUAGUGUAAAUGCAGUGGAGCAUUAUUUAAAAAAUUUGAUUGUCAAUGUCUUUGUCGAGAAACUAGACAUUAGUUCACCAGGAGCUUUAAAAACAGCACAGAAAGAGGAGAAAAGAGUCCAUGACAUUUGCCAGGACAAAAAUUGUCUACUGAAAAUGGGAAUAUCUAUCAACAAAGGUUCCUUAUGCUUAGGACAAGAUCUUGAGUGCAUUAAAUUGCUGUCUGCUGGUCGUAUUGUAUACAUUUACACUGGGAACAUAUUGGUCCAUUGUGUUGAUGCCAUUGUGAAUUCAAGCAACAUUUAUUUGAAGCACAUUGUGGGCCUUGCCAAGGCAAUAAGUGAUGCGGCUGGUCCUGAUGUUCAAAGAGAAUGUGACGAACACAUCCGUAUUUGGGGAGAAUUGACGGCAGGGGAUACUGUCGUGACAAGUGCUGGUAGACUUCCAUGCAAGAACAUUAUACAUGCCGUGGUACCUUGCUGGAGUGAACAUAUGAAGGUUCAGAGGCUUGACUCCCUUAGGAAAGCAGUAGCUAGCUGCCUGGAAAUUGGAGAACGUGAAGAAUAUAACUCUGUUGCCUUUCCAAAUCUUGGUGCCGGAAUGUUUGGCAUUCCUCUCGGUGUUUACUCGGACAUCGUGGUUGAAGUCAUCAUCCAACAUUGUAAUAAAACCAAGAACGUGGAAAACAAGCUGAAAAGUUUUCAUAUUGUUGACAUUGAUCAGGAGGUGUCUCAAGCCUUUAAGUCUGCUUUUGAGAAUAAUUACAGUUUUGUCCAGCCCAUCAGUCCAAUACGCACAAUGACAACGAAAAAAGGAAUGAAAAUCUCCAUUGUGGCUGGCAACUUGGAACAGGAUGUGUCGGAUGUGCUCGUCAACAUUGUGGAUCGCAGCAUGUGCCUUAAUUGUGGUGUGGUGUCAAAGGCAUUACUGAAACAGGCUGGGCCAGAGAUGCAAGCCAUGGUCACUCUGCAAAGCCAAGGCAAAGAUGUAACAGAUGGACAGAUUGUUGAAACGGACACAUUUGGCUGCAACUUGGCCUGCAAAAAAGUCUACCACACAGUGCUUCCGCAGGUUAACUCCAAAAACCAAACAUCGCAGGUUGUUAGUAAAAUUAUGAAAAAUUGUUUGGUGAUUGCUGGAACUGCAAGCUUUCGGAGCAUCUCUGUGCCUGUCCUGGGCAUGUGGAACCUGGGGUAUGAUGUGAAAUCCGUGGCAGAGAGCAUGUUCAGUGAGGCUGUCGCGUUCAGCAAUGCCAGUGAUGGCACAACAUUGCAAGAAGUGCGGUUUGUAUUAAAUUCUCUUAAAGAACACACCAUGAAGGUGUUUGAUGCUGAGAUGGAUGACUACCCCAGCAAAUCAGUGACCAUGAAGAAAAGGAAGUCUGCUCGUAUCUCUGUCGCACUGAAAAACAAGCAGACGGCUUUCAGGUGUUCCCUUGGCCCAUCAUUUGACUCGGGCAACCCUGUAACUAGGAGCAUAAAUGGGGUUUUGGUGGAGGUCAAGCAUGGAGAUAUCAUACACGAGACUUCAUAUGCGAUAGUCAACAUCACCUCCGAAACAUCUGGCAGAUCAAACGGGAUCACCGAUUCAAUCAUGAAAGCAGCUGGCUGGGUGGCAGAAAAAAAAUCUAAUCUUUGGAGCCAAAUUGCAAACAAACCGUUGGUGGUCACAAGUGGAGGAGCACUGCAUUGCAAACACAUCAUUCACGUGGCGAACCCAAGCAGUCCUCAGAAGCUCAAAGCCUGUGUGACCAAAGUGCUGCGUAUAUGUGAGAAGAGGAGUGUGCCGUUCAUCUCCUUCCCUGCCAUUGGAACAGGAAAAAUGGGCCUCAACCCAGCUGUGGUAGCAGAUAAGAUGUUAGGUGCCAUCGAGCAGUACUCUGAAUCUUGUCAGAAGGGCUCCGCUCUUUGUGGCGUACGGAUCGUCAUCCUCAGGAAGGAGAUGCUGCACAUUUUCCAGGAAUCUCUGCUUGAUUGGCAGCAGUCUACAAGUCUGCCUUCAUUAGAUGAAAGCCCGAGUUCUGUCAUGGAAACAAGACCAAGGGACAUGAAUUCCAGGUUUGCAGUUCAUCCAGCUCACCUGCACAUUUAUGGCAAAUCCUGGCAGAACGUGUCGGAAGCUGCAAGAGAAGUGACGGAUAUCAUCAAGGGAAACCUAACGUGUGUCAUAGUAGAGCUGAAGGAUGUGACCUUACGGCCCAAGCAUUACAGGGAGCUUGAGAACAUGGAGAUUAGCUUGGGUGUUCGCAUCACGGCUGCACCCACCCACCUCUCUGUGGAGGGGACCAAAGACGACGUGCCGCUGGCAAAACUUCACAUCUUGCUGUUGCUGCAAGAAGCCAAAGAAAACAACAUUCCAGUGCACUGGGAUGACAUGGGUCAGGAAAAAUUUGCAAUGGUCCCACUUGUUUCAGCAACACCUGAAUAUAAAGAUGUUGCUGACCUCUUCAACAAAAAUGGACAAUUUAACUACAGAAUUGCAAAGAUUGAAAGGAUUCAGAAUAUAAACCUGUGGCAAGGUUAUCAGCUGCAAAAGAAAAUAAUCACCGACGAAAUAAAGAUGGAUACCGAGCGACUGCUUUACCAUGGAACAUUCCCAUGACGUCUGCAACAACAUUAGCCGCAAUGGUUUUGACCGUGGCUAUUGCGGCAAAAACGCCUGGGCAUUUGGAAAGGGGACCUACUUUGCGAUAGAUCCCGAAUACUCUGCCAAUGACCUGUUCUCAGGUGCCAGACGCCACUGGGCUGAAGAUGGUGUUCCGCGCACGCGUGGUCACUGGAGACUACUGUGUAGGGAUUCCCAGCCUGAACACACGUCCCAGAAAGCCUGGCCAGGAUCCCAGCUGCCUGUACAACAGCUCCGUCAACUGUGCAGUCGACCCA